CAUUUGCAUGUGUUUUGUCCACACCCCUUACGAGAUAACGACAGGACCCAGCCUACAGCCUUUCCUUCAGAGGGAGAAAGUGACAUGGCUCGCCGUGUGUUGCCUAUGCAGUGAAUUGAGGAUACACAGUGCAUAAAUCGAGGAUAUAUUAUAAUUUGUACGUCUUGCGCGAGAAACUUGCUCGCGCCAUCCAUUACGUUGAAAGUAUCAGCGCGCGGAUUGAAAGAUUUGGAUUUACACAUCGAUGAUACCAACCCUGACAGACAUGGAGUCCCUCCAAAUCUGUAUCCACCAUGUCCCUUUCUGUGCGCCCCUCGCGGAGGGUCGUCGCCAGAUCCAUCACUAGGAGCCAGUCCUUCGCCGGAGUCAACUCCUACGACAAGUCCUACAGGAACCUUUCUGUGUUCAGCACCCCCGCGUGCGUGAGGAAGACUCCCUCCAGAGCAAGCAGGAUGUUCACACUCUCUACUAAAUCACCUCCCCCAAAGGUGCCCCAGCCUGAGAGGCUGGACGAGGUGUACGAGGCCCUAAAGAGAGGACUGCAAUCCUACCUGCAGGUUCAUCAGAUGGAGCUGGACAGUCUGAACAGACAAAUGAAGGAGUCUAAGAGGAACUCUCGCUUGGGGUUUUUGUAUGAACUUGACAAGCAAGUGAAAGUGAUCGAGAGAUUUAUGAGGCGGCUGGAGUUUCAUCUCAGUAAGAUUGACGAGCUCUAUGAGGCCUACUGCAUGCAGCGCAGACUGAGAGACGGAGCCGAUAAGAUGGUGAAGGCGUACACUGCCUCUCCAGGCAGCAGGGAGGCCAGAGAGAGUCUGUCUGAAGCUAACAAGAGCUUCAAAGAAUACACAGAGAAUAUGUGCAUGCUAGAGAGUGAGCUGGAGAACCAGCUGGGGGAAUUCCACGUCAAAAUGAAGGGCUUGGCAGGUUUUGCAAGGCUUUGUGCUGGAGAUCAGUAUGAGAUCUUUAUGAAGUACGGUCGCCAGCGGUGGAAGCUGCGGGGUCGGAUUGAAAUCAAUGGCAAGCAAGUGUGGGACAGUGAGGACAUGGUCUUCCUCCCCCUCAUCACAGAGUUUUUGUCUAUAAAGGUGACAGAGCUGAAGAGUCUGGCCAAUCACGUGGUGGUGGGAAGUGUCUCAUGUGAGACGAAGGACCUGUUUGCUGCCCUGCCCCAAACAGUAGCUGUGGAUAUCAAUGACUUGGGCACCAUCAAACUCAGUCUUGAGGUCACCUGGAAUCCUUUCGACAAAGAUGACCAGUCGUCCUCAGCUAGCACCGUGAACAAGGCUCCUACUGUCAACAAACGCUUUUCUACUUACAACCAGAGUCCUCCAGACACACCCUCUCUACGAGAGCAGGCCUUUUAUACCGCCCCAGGGAGCAUGAUAUCCCAACAGCGCUGGUCCUUACUGGAUGUGUUCAGAGACACUCUGACAGAGAAACUUACUCAGAGCUGCUCGUGCAGCGACGUCACCUCGGUCCGCCUGGGAACCUCUCUGCUUUCCAGCCAUAAUAUGUUGAGGAGGCAAGAAGAGAUGGAGAACGGAACGGCUUGGUCAAACUCCUCUGAAUCCUCAGAUGAUUCCUCCAGUCCUCAGCUUUCCUUGGGAAUGCGUCACGCACACAAGAACUUAGUACAGCCUGAGGUACAAACUGCUCCUCCUGCCAUUGAAAUCUCAUUUGCACCCCGUGAAUCAGCGACCUCUACUCCCACCCGCCUGGCCAAUCAGAAAGAAGAGGAGGAGGAGGAGGAAGAAGAGGAGGAUCUGAAGAAGCCAGCAGCCUCCAUAACAGUCACCACCGAGGCUCCUGUAAAACAGGAAGUGCCCAAUGGCCACCCCAGCUAUUCUCGCUCACUUAGCCAUAUCAGCGAGAACAGCGCAGAUGGUGUUUCGAUAGACAGACUGGCUGUGGAAUCUGUGGAGGCCACUGAAGUAACUUCAAAGGUCUCUUCGGUAUUUGUAAGUGACAUUGCAAUGGAUAUGCCCCACCGAGCAGAACCAUGUUUUGUAGUACCAGACACUCAGGAGAUCUGUCCCAUUCCUGAUCCUUCCACAAGUGAGCCAUCCUGUCCCACUGAGCCACUGAACUGUUCAGAAAGUCGCUCUCCUGCAGAAACCACAGCUUGUGACUCAGCUGUAAAAGCUACAGAGCUCACGUCUAGUCCCACCUGUGGAGACAAAGACUCUUCCUCCAGUGCUAUUGCUUUGUCCCAGCAGAUGGACAAUGGUGUUCCUAGGACUGGUUCCUCUUAUGAGCCACACCACACAAAGACACAAACAGGUGACCUGCUGGCAGAGAAAUCUGGUUCUUUAGUUGCCACCAGACCCAUGGGUGGUUUGGAGGAACAAUCAGCAGACAGCAACGUGGAAGAGGCCCUUAGUGGCGUUUUGUCCUCGCUUGAUGACUACAGAGGCCAGUUCCCAGAACUGCAGGUCUUAGAGCAAGAGCUGAAGCUGUUGGAGGAGGCGCUAACAGUACGAAGUCGCAGUCGCUCAUCCAGUGUCAGUUUGACGGUUGAGACGGCUCUUGGAAGCUUUGACUUCCUCAAUACAUCAGACUUGGAGGAAGAGGAGGAGGAGGAUGGCGAGAGGCAGAGUGUGACAGACAGCGCAGAGGAGCGUCCAGCGGCUGUGGAGAGCGCUGGAGAGGAUGAGGGCUGUGAGGCGCGAUGUUGGGACACUCCCUCCGGUCCUCUAAGCACGGGCUGCCCGGCUCUAGAUCACACCCUGCUGGUUCAUCUGAAGAACUGCAGCUCACAGCUGCUGAGGUUAGGCACAUUCGGGCCUCUGCGCUGUGGGGAGAUGUAUGCUCUGGACCGACUUCUCAGGGAGGCGAGAGUCCUCGAGCUCAUACGAUGGGUUGUGAAGGACUCAAGGGGCGGAGUCAUCCAACCAGAGGAGGUUGUUCCUCAGUUAGAUCAGUGCCAAGGGGCUGUGUUGCUAUGGCGGCAGUGCACGGAUGGCUGCAGUGUGUACAGCACCUCCACAGAGGCCUUCUUACAGGCGCUCAGCGAUGCUUACGCCAGCAGACUCCCAGAGAGAGGAGUCGGCUUCACAGACACAGUGUUUCUUCGUCUGCUGGAGCGGAUCCUGGAGAGGAAGCUGCCCAGGCGUGCAGGAUGCGUGUCCAAAGAGACUCUCACCCUCUUCCAGUUUUGGAGCUACCUGGAAGCAGAGGGAGUGAAUGACUUGGACACACACAUUCCUGAGCUGGCUGAAGAAGUGUGGCUAGUUCAGUGCCUGCAGUCUGGAGAUCAAGAUGUUCUGGUAAAAUCUUUGAAGAAGCCUCCAGAGUGUAGUCUGAAGAGGGAGGGCUUGCGGGCAGUCAGUCUGCUGCUGAGGGACCCGAGGGGGAAAGUGUGCAGUGCUGCCAGUUCACUGUUGCGGAGUCUAGCGGACCAAACCCGCCACAGGGAGAGGGCGCUGGUGAGCUGUCUAGAGUUGCUGGAGGAUGAAGGCGUUGAGACGCGAGUGUGUGGAUGUAAAGCACUCGCAUGUCUGAAGGCCAAAGAGAGCAUUGAGCAGCUGGUGUAUCUGUGCCGGACAGAUAAAGAGGAUGUGAGGGAUGCUGCCAAACAAGCUCUACUUGUGCUAGGUGAGGAGGGGAAGAUGGCCCAUCGACACCUUGAGUCCUCACAAGAUGGGAUGUCCCGCCUUUUUGCACCCGGCAGUAUGGCCAGUACGGCUUUCUAACACAAUCAACUGGCCGAUACUUGUUGAAAACAAUGUACUUGCGUUUCAGUAUCCUCACUGUCACGAUCAUGCCAAUUACAAACUAUUAAAUGCACACUACUAUCAAACAGUUUUAAAUGACACAAAUCAGCGUGAUCACACUCUUACAGAUAGAGUGUCAGCAUUGUCCUCAAAGACAUGGACGAAUGUUUUACAAUCAAUAGACGAGGACUUGUAUGUCGGUCUGUAUGUUAUUCAUAUUUUGGACAUGGCCUAAGAUGAACUACUGUAAAGUGAUGAGGUAAGAUACAUAGGUGGGUGUGGGUUUAUAAACAAUGUUUUGCUGCCUUAAGUUUCGGCCCAAUGGUGUUGCCUUCAUGAUUCAUGGAAUGAAGCUGGACCCUAGUCAGCAAUACA